CCUUCCUAACGUCUUACGUCACACACAACAACUAUGGCGGCGCCCUGGAGGACGGCGGGGACUCCAGUGGUACAUAGGAGUUAGACAUUUGAAGCAGAACAACAUUAAACACCCUGAGAUGCCCAGUUUCUUUUGGGAGAAAGUAGCAUAAAUCUAGGAGCUAUGGGCCUAGAGUGCGUGCUGCGCGGGGCGCUGCAGUAUUCCUGCAGGCAGGCUCAGGCAGGAGUGUAUCAGACAGCGAGGAGACGUGCAGAUGUGGCUCAUGUGUCCCCGGGCAGCUGGGUCGCUGCUUCUGCACCCUACAGGGGGAAACUAACCCCCCCAGGCCGCGGCUUCUCCACUCAACCACCCAGAGAUGUGGCUUUGUUCGAGCACGACAGAACCCGGUUCUUCCGGCUGCUCUCGCUGUUCUGCGGAGGGCAGCUGGUGUUCUGGACGUCCCUGGCUCACUUCGCCUUCACCGGCCUCAGGGACACCUCAGCCAGACCCGCGGGGGACGGGGCAGCCGCUCCCCGGCCCGCCACCACCACCACCAUGGGGCUGGCCGGGAUAGGGAGCUUCGAGGUGAACCUGGGCUCGGCCGCCUGGAGGUACGGCUUCACGGUGGGCUGCCUGGCCGUGGGGGCGGGCAUCGUGGGCCUGGCCGCGCUGUUCUGCCGGCGCUCCGUCAGCCAGGUGGUGCUGCACCGGGGCGGCAGGACCGUCACGGUCCGCACGCAGUCCCCGCUGGGACCGGGCCGGGGCCGGGCCAUCACCGUCCCGCUGGCCCAGGUGGCGUGCCACGCUCACAGGCAGGAGUCCCCGUCAUUCAUCCCGCUCAGAGUCAAAGGACACAAGUUCUACUUUCUUCUGGACAAGGAAGGAACCGUGAACAACACCAGGCUGUUUGAUACCACUGUUGGUGCAUACAGACCCGUUUAAGAGGGAAGAUGACUUACAAAGUAAUACUUGAGUGUGUUUUGGAUCAUUUCUGUUCAAAGGAAAUAAAAUAUUUGAAAUCUAAUUUGGACUUGUGUAAAUUAUGGCAUCUAAUACCU